ACCAAAGUUUACGUAUAUAUAGGUAUUUGUUGUUUUAUUUUUAUUUUUUAUUUUCCUUUCAAAUGGGUUGCUUGGUCUUGCCCGUGACUAUCUUGAGGAAGUGUUACUCGGGGUCUCGGCCGGGCUACCGGCCUUUAACCGAAGAUGGUUUCGGCGAGCCAGGUAGGCUGGUGACCGUGGUGGCCGGCAAGGAGAAGAGGGAGUUCUUGGUGGAUUCCUUCGUGUUAGAAGAGAACCCAUUUCGGGUGUUGAUCGAGAAGAAGAUGAAGAAGAAUGAGAAGGAGGAUAUCCAUUUGAAGAGCAGGAAGAAAGGGGUGAUUUUUGUGGAUGUCGACGCCAUUUUGUUCGAGCACUUGCUGUGGCUAAUGCGCAAUGAUUGUUCUUCUCUGCUUCAGCUCAAUCUGGAGGAGAUAAUUGAUUUCUAUGCUCAAGAUUAUUAGAGAGUACACAAGGUACUGAAACAUCAAACAGAUUUAGGUACUCCAUUAAUUAUUUUGGCUUUUCGAUGUACCCAUAUUUAUAUACAUGCAUGCAUACAUACAUAUAUAUAUAUAUAUAUAUAUAUAUUUAAAGGUAGAGUUUAGAAUAUAGAUCGAGUUUAUACCGUGACUAAUAAUACUAUGGAUCGAUCAGUACAUGUCCAUGAAUA